CCGAUUGAUAACUGCACAUAAAAGACGGUCAGCACCCCUCGCUGAUAAAAUCACGCCAUACGUCCGAAAAUAUGACGAAGCUUGUUCGGAAAGUUGCCGAUGUCUUCCGACUUCAUCCGUUUGUGACACAAGUGGCGCAUCUGUUUUGAUUUUUGGCGGAGUAAAAACAGUACCUAAAAUGAGAAGAUCGAGAAAUCCGAAUUCUUCCUCAACAGGCCAGGCUAGUGGUUCAGCCGCUGGUUCUUCAGGAAGUAGCAACACAAACACAGUUCCUUCCUUGUUAAAAGAACUUCACGGCCUCGUGUUGCAAAUUCAGGUAGUGUGAUACUCGUUCCAUCUUUUGUUCACUGUCGCGUGUUUAACGCCGUACGUAAAGUCACAACAGUUACUGUAGUUGACGUUUAUUGCUGGUUGUUUACUUGAAAUGAUUUCUCUCUCUGUGCAACAGUAUUUUGAUUUGUCAAAAAUGCGAGAAAAAGCUUGAUAGUGGAUGCAUGGCGCUGUCACAGCGUUUUGGGCAUCCCAGCGUUUUGGGCAUCCCCAUUCCCAUAUCCCUAGCGUUUUGGGCAUCCCCGGUGGGGGAUGCCCAAAACGCUGAUCGCUUCGACUUUGCCUAAAUUAUUUCAGACUGGGGAAAAGUCGGGAUUGUUAAUCACGAAGUUACGUGCAUGUUAGAAUUAUAUCAUCUGACGCUUUUCGCAGGGUUUAUUGCGCAGAAAAAAACCCCAUAGGCAGUAAACGUUGGCUCAAAAACAUGACGAAACUGAAAUUUACAACCGCAUAACAUCGCUUUGCUGUACAAUGCUUCAUUGUUUGCAAAGCUUCAAUUUUAUUUAAUACUGAACUAUUUACAAGCGAGCAAUACCGCAAUCGCCGGCAGCAGCGAUCGUCUGAUUCCAAACAGCCAAAAACAGAAUACUAAACAAAGUAAUCAAAAGACAAACAUGAAUGAAACUGCGUUUUAUUCAUAGUAAUUUAGUAUGCAUGACAUUUGAGGCCUGUACAACUUAACCCCGCAGCGCUACUUGACACACGAAAGGUUGUCACACAAUUUAUACAGAUGCCUCUUGCACCUACGAGACAGAAGAAAUCUGUUGCCGUUUUGAGAUGUAGUAGGGGCUUCUAUUAAAUCAAUUCCGACCAAGUACCACACCUUGGGAACAACCUUCACAGGGUCCAAAAGUAUUAUCGUGGCCGGCGUGUCCAGAGAAAGGAGCAGAGUGACACUCUUCGAAGACCCUCGCUUUCUCUUCCUCGGUGAUAACAAGUCGUCGAAUAGCCUGCGUGGCAGGCGUUCCAAAGGGAAGGGAAAGAAAACUCCCUUUCCCAAUGCUCCCUUUCAAACGCCUGCCACGCAGGCUAGAUGUCGAAGCGCUGUGCCAUCCCUCUCCUUGGCCACGUAGAACAAGGACUCUAAUUUUGAGUCAUACUCGAACUUUUUGGCAAAUUUUCGCAGAGUCGUUUUUUGCUUUGUAAAGCCUUGCGGAUAAGCCUUCUUUUUAAGAUACUGGAAAAGAUUUCGAUAUUUAGCGGAAGCCGUCUCUAAAACGUUUUCGAUUUUCCCGCGAAAUUCAGCAUCUUUUUGGAGGGGAUGUCCAAAACACUAGGGAUUUGGGCAUCCCGGGAGGGUACCGGGGGAUGCCCAAAACGCUGCAGUAAUAUGAGAAGGGGAUGCCCAAAACGCUAGGGAUUUGGGAAUGGGGAUGGGGAUGCCCAAAACGCUGUGACAGUGCCAUACUGAAUACGAAGGAGAGGGACUGGGGAGAGUUAAUAAGGGGCAUAGGGGAUUUCUGGGGUGUUGUAAUGGUACGCAAACAAUUCACGAAAUUUAUGCCCAAGAAAUUCUCAUGAAUGAUCCAUGCUGUCACCCAUGCUACAUCACAUGGAAUUCACCAAAAUUUCACUUGAAAUGUAAGUGUUGCUCAGGGUUGAAUUUUUGUGGAAAAUAUAUGGUUGGUUCCCUUUAUUGGGUAUGCUUUUCUGUUUCUUCUUUGGUUUGAUAUGUUUCAGUUAGGAUGUUAGGUCUUUGACCAGGCACUCUGACAUUAUCCAAAACACCCUCAACCUGGUUUCUUUCAAUCUCAAUCACAUAUAUUUAAGGAGAUAAAAAAACCUAUAUAUUACAUAGCCAACUCCUGCCUUGAGGAUACCUUCCCAUCAAUAUUAGAGACCUUGAUCAUGCUAACAUGGAUAGUAGCUGAAUCUGCAGCAACAAUACAGUCAAUUUGACUGAACUCUCACUAUUAUGAUACAUGUAAUUAGCAUUUAACUAUUGGGUAAGGCUGAGUAUGAUCUGAAGAAUUAUGGAGAUUGAGGAAAGUGUUUCUGGCCGAGGUGGAUAACACACUGACAAAGAUUAUUCCGUCAUUACAAUAUCAUAAAAGCGAAUUUUGAUGGUGUUAUUCAUGUACAGUAAGUCUUGAUAUAAUGUUCCAAGCCAUAAUCCCAUGUUAUGAUUUGGGUAGUGGAUAGAUUUGUACUGGGAGGGAUUAGGGUCGUUGAUAUUGGGGGAUAUGUGGUACAGACCUUUUAUUACAUGUUUGUUUGCUGAGAUCUGAAAUCAGUAAGCAAAAGGUUGUGGCUUCUGUGAUAAUGGCUUUAGUUUGUUGGUGAUCAUCAGUGAAAGAUUUCCUCCUUCACUGAACUGGGAAAAUCUGAUAAAUAAAGUUUAUUCGUUAACUUAUAGGAACAACGGUCUCAAAGUGAGCAAAACCUCAGUACAAUUGCUAAGACUCACGAAAAGAUGAAGACUGAAGUGCGAGGUUUGUUUGUGUAGGAGAUACAUGUAAUACAAAGUCAGAACUAGACUGCACUCCUCAGAAAUGACUGUGGAGUUGGAGGAGUAAUAAUCAGUAAAUAAGUUGUAACACACCAUAUUAUAGGAAAUUAAUGCUUCAUGAAAUUAAUGAACGCGAAUUUCCAAAAUUUCUGUUAAUUUUAGUCACGGUAAUUUCUGUUCAUGUUAAUUUCUGAGCCAUUACUUAAGUGUCUAGCGUUAAUUUGAAUGACCUUAAUUUUCAUUAUUUUGACCCAAUUUCUCAAUACUUUCUGAUAUUAUUGACACCUAAAAAGAGGAGUAUUUUAUCAGCGAGGAUGGAGUUCCGCCGGUAACAGUGAAACUAAGUAGAACUUGAAGUGGCCAGAUUUCAUUGCUUAACCCCCUUCUUACGUUUAAGGAAAGAACCAAGAACAUAGUAUCCUUUUCUAAUUUUUGUAAAUGUUAAUUUUCAUGCCAUUAAUUAAAUGGAGACCCUAAUUCCUGGAGCCUUUGUUCAACUGUAAUAUAACCUCAGGGUUUAGACAAAACCUUAAUGUAGUAAAUUUGUCACAUUUUUGUAGUAUCUUCUUAUUUCAAGUCCAAGUUGCGAGGCUUAUACAAAACAGCAGGCACUGACGCGGAGGCUGAAGUUGAGUGAGUAUAGAACGUUUGAUUGCCUUUCUUAUCUAUAGUUAAAUAUGACUUGAUACACUUGUAUAUACCUCACUAAUAAUGAAGACUGUUUUACCAGAUGAGUAUGUUAUAUUUACAUACCUGGGCUUGUUCUUUUUUUACUUUUAAUUAAGGCAAUUUCAUUAUGUCUUCGAGGGGUCAGCAAAGCUUUGGGGGGGAGUAGUUGUGAAUUUUUUGCUUAUGUAAAGAUAAAUGAAAGCCCUCUUCAUUUUUCUUUAACUGUUUUUCUUUGAAGUUCAAUAAAAAAGGCAUUGGACAAGAUAGCCAUCAUCAAAGCACUUAGAAAUGACAGAAGGAUUGGUGAGGAGAAUGAAUAUUUCCUUGUUGGUGUAAAUACCAUGAUUUGCUAUAAGAGUUGUGGAAAGGUGUUUUUUAAAGGUCUGGGUCUGUUUAUUUCAAAGAUUCCAUACCAGCUGAAUGAAUGUUUACUCUAUGGCUUUAACUUCUGUAUCUUCACACAUAAAUCUUCAAAGGAGGACUAUGAUUCAUAAUGUAUGAAUGCCCUAGAAAAGCUGCUUUAUACAUACAGGUUUUUGUUUCUAGUAUUGAUAAGCAGCAGAGUUGGUAUUUUUGUCUACGAUGUUUGUUUUCCAUCCCAACACUCUGGAUGGUUUGAGGCAGUGCCACAGUUCAACUAUUGGGUUCGAGCCUUACAAGAAGGAUUUGCACCCUGCAGGAUAUAGCGUCUAUAAUUAUUACUUGGCUCACCUGAUAUAUGUGACAAUUACAUAUUCAUAAUUUGAUAAAUGAUGUUUUAAUCAUAUUUUUGUCUCUUUGUCAGUCCGAGGUGGCAGUGGUAGGCUAGGCAAUCAAGAAACAGGGGAACCAAGGUAAUUUGUUAGAGUUUUAAGAAUUAACAUGCAGUAAUCAUAAAAGCAUAAUUAUGACAAAAGACUAUUAUAAGAGUAAAAAGUACAGAUGAAAGUCCCGUAAGGGAGAAGUGAUUUUGAAAGUUUGGAUAGUUACAGUUGUAGUUGCUUAUGAGAGAGGUUUGACUCAAUAAAACUUUGCUUCCAGUUGUUAUUGUGGUUGUCCAACUACUGUAUGUAUUGUUCUUAAUUAUAUUUCUUGUAAAUAUUUCUUUUAGUGUACAGUAGAAAUAAACUUGUUGUUGUUGAUGAUGAUUACCACUAAAUCACACUAAAAAAUGUUUGCAAAGUUGUAGACCGCUCACAGCCCCCUUUUUUCCUGAUGGGCAUUUUGUUUGGCACACAUCACUCCCUCUUAAAACCAACAUGGCUGCGUGUUAUAAACAUUAAAUCUUAUGGAAAUAUAGUGAACUGGCAACUACAAAAUGCAGUCUAGCAAAGUUGUUUUUCUUUUUUUAGGAAGGUAAUGAGACGAGGAGUGCUAAUGACAAUGUUACAGCAAGCUGCAGUUCAGUUACCAAUGUGGAUGGGAAAAUCUUCUGAAAGGUAUGACAUGUAUAAGUGUUUUAGUGUAGAAUUAUGUCCAUUUUAUUUAUGACUAAAGUAUUGCUCGAGCGCAGGCUGGGGAUUGAUGCUUUGCUUAACCAGUGUCCUGACCAUACCACUACCUGGUUUGUUAGUUCAGCUGGUGGUGAGUUGCUGGACUGCAGGGUGGCAGGGUGGAAGAUUGUAGCUUCAAAUGACAGCCAGAACCCCAAGCAGGGUCUUCAAAGAACUAGAAAGAUGAUACUGGACCAUAUUUUUAGAGCUAAAGAUACUUUUGUUCUUUAGUAGUAUUUCUCCUACACCCACUUCCACUCAUACUUCAUUUGAAAAGAAUAGGUGGAAUCAUUAGUGUUGUGAUUUGCAAUGAUUUGUUAAUGGGUGUGGUGUGGUGGGAACUCUAAAUCAGGAUUUAAAUCUUAAACCAUAUCCUUCAACCUUCUUGCUUUCUUCCCAGCCCGCCUUCACUAUGUGGUUGCAUUCAAGCUGAAGCAAACUAUGUGGCCCAGCAAGGGGAUCAUGUAAGUUAUACAUAGUGUCCCAUGCAAAGAAGAAUAGCAAUGCAUCUUAUUUUUAGGCCAAACUGAAGCCUAGAAGGGGCCCACAAAAAUUAUUUUCAAGGCAGGGCCUCUAACUUAUGAGUGAGGUGCUGCUUUUCUUGAAGAACUGAAUCUGCGACUUUUUUUUAAUGUUUAGCUGGCAGUAUUAUAAGUGUGAUGGUUAACCAUUUAUUGCCUCCAAAAUGUCUCCUUUUUUAAGGCUGCAAAGGUGAUGUGUGGACCAUAAAAAUUAAUGUCAAAUAAUAGAAGUUUGCUUUAUUUUUUUAUUGUAGGUUGCUGCUCGCGUGCGAACACCUGAUGGCGAAGAACAGUUGAUCUUAGCAGAAAUUGUCUCUUUUAACCCUUCAACAAAUAAGUAUCUUUCAAAACUUUUUGGUGUCCAAGACAAUGUUAGAUGAAGGAACUUGGACAUUCUGUUAUUAGUACAUACAGUGCCAUUAAAAUUUACGUGUUGUCAGGUAGCCUGUGCCGCAGAUGAAACUAAACUCUGGUUAAGUCCAUCUGCAAAACAGCACUGAAAUCCUUGUUCCCACCUGUGUACCAGGAUUUGAGUUUGCAUCAUGAUUGGCCCGUUAAAAAUGCUAUUGUUGAUUUGCCAAUCAAGGUAAAAGGAAAUUCGAAGUGCUCUUCCGGUAGAUGUUACUAACCAAGAAUACAUUAAGUCUGCGACGAAGGCUAGUUGUCAGGUGGUCUUUAAAAAAAUAUGACCUGAUUAAAUAGUUAAGGGAGAAUAGUGUCAUUGCUAGAAUAACUGACUUUGCUUGGUGGGAACAUCCUGGGUGCAGUUGUUUGGAAGGUGUAUAGUGCCAUCUUGUGGUUAAGUCUCUAUCUAGUAGAUACUGCAAUCCUGUCCUAAUAGUUGUCCAACUUUUGAACAACAAGGGCCUAAAAAAAUUCACAUUGCAAUUGGUUAACCAGAUCAAGUCAAAAUGGCCAUCCCUUCAAAAAAACUAAUAACGACUUAAUUAUUCUUAUUAAGGCAAGCCUUUCCAAUAAUUUUUUUCUUCCUACCUUUAGCUUGCAAGUAACAACAUGAUAGAAUGAGGGGUGGGGUGGUGCAAUCAUCCCUGUAUAGCUGCUAGAUUAUUUGGCAAGAUUUUGCAUCCCUAGUGCAUUGACUGUGUCCAAGUUUGUGAGUGUCAUCCUUGACUUAGCUUGUAAGAUAUGAUGUUGAUGACAUUGAUGAAGAAGCUGGAAGAAAUGGCAAAGAGUAAGUGAAGGAGUUUGCACUGACCCACCUAGUCUAGCAAUGUUGACAGUUUUUUUGUUUUUUGUUGACAACUUUGACAAACUUGCUAUGGACAGCGAAAAUAAACACCUGGGAUUUCUUUCAACCCCCUGUUUUUGAGGUAAAUGUAGUCUCUGUAUAUGUGGUAUUUAUGGAUUUUAAAGAGAUAACAUGAUGCGAAGGUGCUGAAAACAUGAAUAUACCAUUGUACAUUAAUAAUUGGCUUUGCGUUUCUUCCGUUGAAUUCACAAUUGUGGUUUUGACCAAUAUAUUAUUUGUAAUUUAAUAUAUGAUGCCACAAAUUUUUACCCACCCUGGGUGCCAGAGGCCUUUCAUGCGCUGUUUCUGGUUUCGGUCAAGUCUGGCUAAAGACGUGUAGGCCUAUGGCCGACUAAGCUCUUUGUCGCUCGCAAGUCAAAAGCUCUGUUACCCAGAGUAAUAUAUACCCAGAAUGUUUUUUUUUUUUUUAAUUUCAGGCGUCAUCACUUGAGUCGAAGGCGAGUGAUACCACUUCCAAAGACAAAAGCAAACCCGAUAACUCAUCCUCAAGCUCUCUUUCAAAAAGAUCAGGUUAGUGGAAAGCUAAAAUGCAAAGUCACCCACAAAAUGUGUGUGUCAAACGCAAUGUUUGUCCAUAUUACCCUCUUUCUCAUUGGGUGUGGUCGAGAGUGAGGUUUCACUAAAUUUCUGAUAUGCUUUACCAAGAAGGAGUUUCAGCAAAAACUGUUGAGAUGGCAGUUUUGAAAAGUUUUGAGAUCAUGUGGGACCUUUUUCUCCCGACAAGAUAAAAGCCUUUGCCCUUACAAUCACGCCACCACCCUUGACUCGGCUAAGGACUGGGGAACCUCUCCCCCCCUCCCCCCCCCAAAAAAAAUCAACGUGCAGGUGCGUUUUUGUCCCAUCAUAAUGUGUAAAAGAAACCGUGUGUAUAAAUGCAGAGUGUUUAUGUCUACAUCCCAGCAUUUUUUUUUCUUUCUCUUUUCUUUUUUUUUUUUUUUGGGGGGAAGGGGCUUGUAUUUGAAUCGUACACGUACUUGCAAAUGAGCAGCAAAGGGGAAAUUUGCACAAUUUACAUGGGUUGUUUUUUUUGUAGAUUGUGAUGGCGCUGUAUCCUCAAACUACGUGUUUCUACAAAGCCGUUAUCCACGAACCACCAACAAGGGUACGUAAUCAAUGAUGGCAUUGACUACGCAGAUGACACACAACUAUCGCAGUAACAGGUGGCUACGUGGAAGCUAAGCGGCAAGCCAAGUUCGAUAUUUUGGAAUCUUUUUUACUAGCGUCUUUCUACUUUGCAAGAAUCCAGUUUUCUCUUGUUUUUCAAUCCAGACAAAAUUUUCCUCGCUUCGACCCCAAUAACCUUUAUAUCAAAUUUUCCUUGCCCAUUUUAAGGAUGCUUUUACAGUGGAACACUGAUCUUUUAUGAUCACGAGCCGAUUACCUCCUGUUAUAAGUUAAUGUUUGUGAUUGACUCGUACGUAUAAUUUACUAAGGGAAAAUUUGAGAAGGCAGGUACACCUAAAAUUCUUAAAGACAACAUUUAGCGAGGAAAGAGAGCGGGGAAGGGGUGCAAACAUUUAGGCAUACUAACUCAAAAAAUGCACUCCCACCACCCCUCCUCUAACCCAAAAUUUUGCCCUAAGUUCGACGUUACAAUUAACUGUGUGGUAAGGGAGGGGUAGGUGGACAAUUUCCUAGAAUCUCACCCUGAUUCAAAAUACACCUUUCAGCGCAUUGCAUGUCAGCUAGGAUGAACAUUUUUAGUAAGUGUUUAGUAAGUACCUUUCUUUUAUUUUUAACCUUAUUUCAGCCGCAAGAUGAUUACUUGGUGUCCUUCGAGGACACAUCCUACGCUGAUGGCUUUGCUCCACCGCUUAACGUCCCACAGCGCUACGUUGUGGCGUCUAAGGAAACAAGAAAGAGAUAACCUCAAGAACGCAUACCUGCACAAUUAUGGAGCAAGUCGCUUACUACUUACCAGCUGUUGCGUGUGUGAUACAAGGGACUUUAAUGCUACAUUUACACAGCACCGGACAAAUGUUUGACCGGCUGAAAAUUCGUACGUUUAGGUGUUCUGUUCACACGGAACCACCUUAACCGUUCGAACAUUAAGACGCCUAGCCGGGGUUUCAAAGUUCCGUGUGAACAAAGCGAAAAUACUAAACGCUCCCGUGUGUACGAAGUGUCCGGUCAAAUUUUUCCGCCGGUCGAUAAUUCUUUCGGUGCAAUGUGAACGGCAUGCGCAAGUGUGUUCAGAACGUUCCUCUAGUAUUAAACUUUGAUUCUACGGUGCGUAAAUAAAGGCUACCCGUCUGGCAUCGUGUACAUACUAGUAGAGUCCUUGUAGCUGUUAGCUCGAAGAAAAUGUGCAAGUUAUAGAAAGCUUGUGAAGGAAUAACAGAAUAAAGUUUGUAUUCCUCUGUCUACUUUACCUGCAUCCGGAAGAAAAUGGCAAGACAGCUUGGAAUGGUGUUGACGGGAUUUCAGUUAGCGGGCU